AUGGAUACGGAAAUUCAAGGGAGCUGGGAUAUUGUGGUUACUUCACUUCAGGAUAUUUGUAAUUCAAAUGAAAGUCUUACAUUUGAUUCUAUUUAUGCAAAGUAUGCCACUGGUCGAGAGGAGGGAGUAAAGGGACAAGACAAAGGGGAGAAAGAAAAAGAGGCAAAAGCAGAGGAUGGGGAAGAGGCGGAGGAGGAGGAGGAGGAGGAGAAGGAAGAGGAGGGGGAGGAGGAGGUGGAGGAGGAAAAGGAGGAAAAGGAGGAGGAGAAGAAGAAGAAAAGAGUUAAAGAAGUAGCAGACGAAGACGAUAGUAGUAGGAUCUCCUUAGCCAAGCUUUCUUCCAACGAGAUGACCAAAUUACAAGAAGAUAUAGUUGAUCAUAAAUCCAAUGUUGCCACGGCAAAAAGACUAAUUAAUACUUCAUGUGAGAACCUCACUCGGUUGAUUGAAAUUUUACAACGAGAAGAAGAAGAGAAUGCAAAGAAGAAGAAAAAAUCGUCAACAAAGACUUUGAAAACAGUUGAUUCGGUAAAAACGCCUGGCUCGUUCAUUGAUAAGAAACGGGACCUGAAGUUCAUUUCGGCUGGAUCUAGUCAAGGCAAGGGAAAGAAGUUAAAAAGAAUAGGUCGAUCUUUUUGGCAAUCAAAGUAUAAUCCACUGGAACCAAUAUUUGUUGGGUCCGAAGUGGCUUUCAAGUUGCGUAAUCGGAAUAACGAAUGGAUUCAAUGUGAAGUUGUCAAGAUACUAGGCGAUGGGAUCAAGUUUGAGAUUCGAGAUCCUGAACCGGAUGAAAAUAAUAACCCGGGACAAACCUUUAAAGCAAAUUAUAAAGAAAUAUUACUAAUUCCUCCUGAAGACAGGAAAGACGAAGAAUUGAUGAACUAUGCAUAUGGAACAAAAGUUCUUGCUCGGUACCCUGAUACCACUACCUAUUAUGCGGCUGUUGUUGUAGGGAAUAGAAAAGAUGGAUUUGUGAGAUUGAAAUUUGACGGCGAAGAGGAAGUCAAUAAAGAAACCGAAGUGAAAAGAAGAUUAGUUUUGCCGUUUCCCCAGAAAUAG